AUGUCUAUAAGGCCUAAAGACCCUCCGACAAGAAAUGCAAAGAAACCCUUCAGUCGUGCUGUGAUCCCCCACAUACCACUCUGCAGUCAUAUCAAAGGUCGAUCCAAACGAUAUGAAUCGUUCUACGAAGUAUCUGGCCUGUUCUUACAAGAUCCACAAGAACCAGGUACGUCAACGAGCUCCGGGUCGCCCAAAACUGCUAUUCCGCUUCACCUGCUCAAAGAUGGACAGAGUGGGGAAAGAGUGGCUAUCAACAAGGCUGCAAGUAUCAAAAGUGCCGGAAGAGUGGCUAUCAACAAGGCUGCAAGUAUCAAAAGUGCCGGUAGAUCGACCAUCAGCAAGUCCCCGAGCGUCCACAGUGCCGCGGACAGCCAGCGACGCGAAAGUGCACUGCCGCCAAAGAAGUAUGAGGAUGUCGAGUCCGUCUAUGACGAAAAUGAGCGAGAUGACAGCGGUCGUCCCACGGGCAAACGGUUGAAGGACGCGCCGCGUCCGGGUGGAAUCACUGUUCGCUGGGUCGAGGAAGAGUCUCUGAGGGAAUGGUAUGCCUAG